GACUUCUGGACGAUGUUCCUGCAGCGCCCGCGCAGGUCGCUCCCAGUACGUCGCCAAGCAGCGGAGGGGACUUGCUCGGCAUGGAGGAUUUGCUCGGUGGCCUCGGAUCCGAGGUGCCGGCGCCCGUGCCUGCAGCGCCUCCCGAGUUCAGCUUGGCUCUGGAUGCCUCCAUGGAUGGCAACAGCUUUCAGGCGCGGUGGUCACAGCUGCCGCAGCUUCCGGUCUUGAAUUGGCCACUGAGGCCCGGCAGCGCGUCGAACACAGGCGCCGUCGAGGCUGCCCUGAGGCCACAUGGCAUCUUCGUCAUAGCGAGUGGCACAGUCGGCCAGAGCAUGAAGUUCUACUUCUAUGCGCGGCAGGCUGGGCAAACGGAGGCUCCCAACGGAGUCUGGUUUUUGCUUGAGGUGAUCAUGGCAUUAGCGGCGAGCUCCUGUCAAGUGACGCUCAAGGUAGAUAACGCUGGCCCCACGGCUGUUGACCAGUUCCAGACUGCGUUGCGCACGUCGCUGGCGCCCUUUCUCGCGUAA